GUCACUCGUUGUUUGCGGAAGUAGCUAACGUGAACAAUGGAUGCCGACAACUGUGUUGCCAACAGCGGAGCACUUUUACCAUUAUUGAUUUUAUUAUCACGAAGUCGCCGGGACUAUAACAGUCUUCUCAUUUUCAGAAGAAAGUUAAAAAGGAGGAGAGCGAGGGUUUUGGCCAUGGCGUAUAGUGAAGCUGUGCUAUCAACGUCGAUAGAGAGGAACGUUUGGGUGCGGAGUCGCAGCCAGGAGUGGUGGGAUACUGAUGUGAGUGGCUUCACUGAUGCAGAAUUUAUCAGUAACUUUAGGAUGACCAGAUCCACCUUCAAUUACGUCUGUGAGCGCCUUCGAUUAACUCUGUCACGAGAGGAGACGUGUCUGCGGCGGCCCAUAACAGUGCAGAAACGCGUUGGAGUUGGACUGUAUUGGCUAGCAACAGGCGCGUGCUAUCGUACGGUAGCAAACUUGUUCGGCAUAGCAAGGUCCACAGUCUGCUCCAUUGUACGCGAGUUCUGCGAGGCAGUUCGCCGUGUCCUCAUGCCCCAGUAUAUCAAACUGCCCAAAGGCGGUGACCUGCAAGAGGUAAUCGAAGGCUUCCAGCAGCGAUGGGGUUUCCCGCAGUGUGGAGGAGCUAUUGAUGGCAGUCAUAUCCCCAUCAUUGCUCCAGAGGAUAACCACACAGAGUAUUUCAACCGCAAAGGGUGGCAUUCAGUUCUGCUCCAGGGUGUCGUGGAUCAUCGAUUUUGCUUCACCAACAUCUAUGCUGGAUGGCCAGGGAGUGUCCAUGAUGCAAGGGUUCUCCGGAAUUCCCAUGUGUACUCACUCGCAGAGAGAGGGGAGCUUUUCCCGCCAGGCACUGAGGAGAUAAUGGGCGUUCAAGUGCCAAUCAUGCUGCUCGGUGACCCGGCUUAUCCCCUUCGAAGCUGGCUGUUAAAAGGGUACUGUGACACAGGGACCCUGACAGCUGAGCAGAGGAACUUCAAUGUGCGCCACAGCAGAGCCAGGAUGACUGUGGAGUGCGCUUUCGGCCGACUGAAGGGCCGGUGGAGGUGCCUUGCUAAACGGCUGGAUGUGGACGUUUCCCUGGUCCCCACCAUAAUCGGUGCAUGUUGCACACUCCACAACUUGUGUGAAAUGCACGGGGAGACUUAUGAAGACGCUGGUGGAAAUGUUCCUAAUGCUGAGAGAUGGGCUGAAGGAAGGGGAUUUGUUGAUGUGCAGCCAUCAAGAGUCAGAGAAGCAUUGACUCAGCUUUUUUUUAGCCAAAGUUAAGCCACAAAAUGGGCUGUCACAAUAAUUUCAAGGUCGUUUAACAAUUUGUACCUUUUGGCCUCAAUGUUAGUUUCUGUCUUUACUAUUACAAGGUCUUCAUUAUUCUGAAAUCUGUUUUUAUAGGUCUUGCAUCAUUUUUUGACGUUACUUGUGUGUAAAAUAAAGUUGAACUUCAUUUUUUAAAAGC